CCGCUUACAUCCGCUUAAUAGACAAAAUGAAAAUAGCAAAGAGUAGCUUUUCACCAAUAGCGGCUUUUUACGAAAAUGAAGCGGUAACCCCAAAACGCUUUCUUGAUCUGUGGUGUAAAAUAGAAAUCUUCACUGUUUAAAGAAAAAUUGUCCGAAGUGCCGUACUAAAAUGGCUUCACAAGUCGCUAAAUCAUUGAUAAAAGCAAACCACGUACGAUCUACUGUUAAGUUCGAUACUGCCAGACGAGCGCUGAGUGUAGCGCCAGUACUGCAGCAGAAGAAAUCUCUCCCAGACCGUACAGGCAAGAAUGUGGUGCUUGUCGAUGGAGUCCGCACUCCAUUCCUUGUUUCAUUCACCGAUUAUGCCAGGAUGAUGCCCCAUGAACUAGCAAGACAUGCACUUCUUGGUCUCCUACAAAAGACUGGUAUAUCGAAGGAUGUCAUUGACUACAUUGUAUAUGGCACCGUGAUCCAAGAGGUGAAAACUUCAAAUAUAGGGCGCGAGGCAGCCCUGGCGGCUGGGUUCAGCGACAGGACUCCAGCGCACACCGUCACCAUGGCUUGCAUCUCUUCUAACCAGGCAAUCACCACUGGUAUCGGUAUGAUAGCGGCCGGCGCGUAUGACGUCAUCGUGGCUGGCGGAGUGGAGUUCAUGUCGGACGUGCCCAUCCGCCACUCGCGCAAGAUGCGCUCGCUGCUGCUGCGGAUCAACCGCGCCAAGACCCCGGCGCAGAGGCUAUCGCUCAUUGCCUCCAUACGACCGGACUUCUUCGCUCCCGAGCUGCCUGCCGUGGCGGAGUUCUCGUCGGGCGAGACCAUGGGCCACAGCGCGGACCGGCUGGCGGCCGCCUUCGGAGCCUCGCGACUGGAGCAGGACCAGUACGCGCUGCGCUCGCACACACUCGCCCACGAGGCCCAGCAGAAGGGAUACUUCACGGACCUCAUACCGGUCAAAGUGGACGGCAAGGACGGGCUGGUGGACAAGGACAACGGCAUCCGCGUGUCCGCCCCCGAGCAGCUCGCCAAGCUGAAGCCGGCCUUCAUCAAGCCGCACGGCACCGUCACCGCCGCCAACGCAUCCUUCCUGACGGACGGCGCCUCCGCCUGCCUCGUGAUGUCCGAGGCGAAGGCCAAGGAGCUCGGCCUCAAACCGAAGGCCUACCUGCGGGACUUCACCUACGUCGCUCAGGACCCCGUGGACCAGCUGCUGCUGGGGCCCGCCUACGGCAUUCCCAAGAUCUUGGACAAAGUCGGCCUCAAGGUCAACGAUAUCGACACGUGGGAGAUCCAUGAGGCCUUUGCGGGACAAAUCCUGGCGAACUUGAAGGCUCUCGACUCGGACUGGUUCGGGCAGAAGUAUCUGGGACGUCAAGGAAAGGUUGGCAGUCCGGACCUCGAGAAGUGGAACAAGUGGGGCGGCUCGCUCUCUAUCGGACAUCCAUUCGCCGCCACCGGCGUUCGUCUGGCGAUGCACACGGCUCACCGGCUGGUGCGGGAGGACGGGCAGUUCGGCGUCAUCUCGGCCUGCGCGGCGGGAGGACAGGGAGUCGCCAUGCUGCUGGAGAGACAUCCUGAUGCCACCACCCAAUAAACUCCUAGCGGCGUCCCGCGACAUGAACUAUCUACUUGAGAGGAAAAUAUUGCAAGUGUCAAAUCUUGUAAUGUUUUAUUUUAUAGGAAUCAAUGUAUACAGGGUGUUGGAAAUGCUUCCGAAAACAUAACAAAAAAAUCUAAAAAUAAUGCAAGUGAUUAUUUUACUUGUUUUUUUUUUAUGAUUGCUUAUUUUGUUAAUAUCAGAAAUCGCUAAUGCGCAAGAUCUGCAAACACAUAAGUCUAAUGUAAAAACAUUACUAUAGUAGAAUUAUUUUGUCCGUGCAGUUUGAGUGAUAAAUAAUCGGAGCGGUGAAGCGAGUAUUUCGCUCUCUUCCACUCACGAGCCUUAUGGACGGGCAUAGGGAUGCGCAUUAUUGUUGUCGAUAAGCGUUAUCGAUAGUGUAUUUAGUUUUGUCAUUUUGUGGGUUAGUGAAAUCAAUACUUUGUUUACUGUUAUGUACUUUUCGGGAUUUAUUUUCAUUUUAGUGAACAUUUUUAACACAUACAACUAUGUUGAAUUAUUUUGCUCUUUUUUCCACAUUGUUGAUAGCUACACGUCUUUGUGCUGGUAUAUUUUUGCCAACAGGCAAAACAUUAUUUUAGCCCCGCGCCCGCCGCCGUGUACCUGCCUUCGAUGACUCAUUUGUUUUUAUCGAUAAUGGCGUUGCGCCCGCACAACAUGCUCACCGCCCUAGCCGCACUAUGUUUUAUGACCCAAACUGCACGGACAGACAAAAUAAUUUUACUAUAGUUGAUGUAAUGUUAUAUUGACAACAGCGAUAAUUAAUUCGAGAUUAGCUUAUUAAAUGUUCGUUAGACACAUAGCUGCACAUCUUUAUAUGCUCAUUACAAUAGUGAAAAUGCAAUGCCAAUCCAACAUCGCAAUUCUAUUUCUUAACUUGAUUAUUUAGUUCAUGACUCGUUGCCUGUACUAAUUUAGUCUCCGUUUUUAGAGUUUAUAGUUUAGUUCGAUAAUUUUUCGUGUUUUCUUUUUAAAGUCUGCCUUAUCUGAAUGUAUGACGAUCUCGUUAAAGAUUGUCUACAGUUAUCACUAUCCGCAUUAUUUAGUUAUGUAAACGUUUGGUUAAAUUGUCAAUCGUCAAACUAUAAAAACCCUUUGUAAAUUUGUAUUGAUCAUUUGUUGCAAAACAACAAUUAAAUUUAAAAUCAUAUUUAAUAAUAAUCACGGCAUAUUUUUCGUAAACCUCAUUAAAUAAAACCUAUGCUCUUCGUUUGGCUUGAAGGUCUCGUUACGAGACCAAUAUAUUAAGAAAAAAAAAAAUGUUCUUUUUUACUUUUCUUUUCAUUAGUUUAAAAAUGUUAGUACCUUCGUGAAUUUCGAUAUAUUUAUUUUUCAUAAUAUAUUAGAGGUUAAGAGUAAUCCUGUAAAACGAUGUUUAAAUAAUAAAGAUAUUUAUAAAAAUAA